AUGUGGAAACGAGACACACAUCUUUGUGUUCUAUCAGCCUAUGAUCGUACCCAGAAAGCUGACAGAUUUCGGAUAGCUGUGAAAAAUGACAUAGACAUGUACGAGAACAUUUGUACUGCGGAAAAGAACGCAGAAACGAUAUCAUUUCGUUCCGAUUGGGACCUGAUUCGUACGACAAUUGCAGUGGCCGAAAAGUGGGUUACAACUCCAAGACCAAGAAUAAGAAAAAAGCCAAAGCCGACUAUGGAAGAUGCACCGUUGCGUAGGAUACGAGAACAACCAGUAACUCAGUCCAAGUAA